CCAAAGUCUCACACUACAUCUAGUACGACUGUCAGAGCAGUGGCCACUAGGUUGCAAAACAAACAAGCCCCAAGAGGUUUCGAGGACCCGGAUGAUCCCGCCCUCAGAGCAGAGCCGGAAGAGGGCGGGACAAACCGGAAGGAGGUGAAAUGCUUUCAGUAGACACUCCAUGGCUGUGAAGAUGGCGGCAGCUGCGUGGCUUCAGGUGUUACCUGUCAUUCUUUUUCUUCUGGGGCCUCAAUUGUACCCAUUGUCGCUUUUCGGCGUAGGGCUGGCACCCGUUUCUGCUGCCGACCGAUCCAAGUGGCACGUUCCGAUACCGUCGGGGAAAAAUUAUUUUAGUUUUGGAAAGAUCCUUUUCAGAAAUACCACUAUCUUCCUGAAAUUUGAUGGAGAACCUUGUGAUUUGUCUUUGAACAUUACCUGGUUCCUGAAAAGUGCUGAUUGUUACAAUGAAAUUUACAAUUUCAAGGCAGAAGAAGUAGAGACAUAUUUGGAAAAACUUAAGGAAAAAAGAGGCUUGUCUGGGAAAUACCAGACAUCAUCAAAAUUAUUCCAGAACUGCAGCGAACUCUUUAAAACACAGAGUUUUUCUGGGGAGUUUUUGCAUCGGCUACCUCUUUUAGGAGAAAAACAGGAGGCUAAGGAUAAUGGAACAAAUCUUACCUUUAUUGGAGACAGAACUGUAAUGCACGAACCAUUGCAAACCUGGCAAGAUGCACCUUACAUUUUUAUUGUACAUAUUGGCAUUUCAUCCUCAAAGGAAUUAUCGAAAGAAAAUUCACUAAGUAAUCUUUUCACCAUGACUGUUGAAGUGAAGGGUCCCUAUGAAUAUCUCACGCUUGAAGAUUAUCCAUUGAUGAUUUUCUUCAUGGUGAUGUGUAUUGUCUAUGUCCUGUUUGGUGUUCUGUGGCUGGCAUGGUCUGCCUGCUACUGGAGAGAUCUCCUGAGAAUUCAGUUUUGGAUUGGUGCUGUCAUCUUUUUGGGAAUGCUUGAGAAAGCUGUCUUCUAUGCAGAAUUUCAGAAUAUUCGAUACAAAGGAGAGUCUGUCCAAGGUGCCUUGAUCCUUGCAGAGUUGCUCUCAGCAGUGAAACGCUCCCUGGCUCGAACCCUUGUCAUCAUAGUUAGUCUGGGAUAUGGCAUAGUCAAGCCUCGCCUUGGAAUCACUCUUCACAAAGUUGUGGUAGCAGGAGCCCUCUAUCUUUUGUUUUCUGGCAUGGAAGGGGUCCUCAGAGUUACAGGGGCCCAGACUGAUCUUGCUUCCUUGGCCUUUAUCCCCUUGGCUUUCCUAGACACUGCCCUGUGCUGGUGGAUAUUUAUUAGCCUGACUCAAACAAUGAAGUUAUUAAAACUUCGGAGGAACAUCGUAAAGCUCUCUCUGUAUCGACAUUUCACCAACACGCUUAUCUUGGCAGUGGCAGCAUCCAUUGUGUUUAUCAUCUGGACAACCAUGAAGUUCAGGAUAGUGACUUGUCAAUCGGACUGGCGGGAACUGUGGGUGGACGAUGCCAUCUGGCGGUUGCUGUUCUCCAUGAUCCUCUUCGUCAUCAUGGUUCUCUGGCGGCCAUCAGCAAAUAAUCAGAGGUUUGCCUUUUCACCAUUGUCUGAAGAAGAGGAGGAAGAUGAACAAAAGGAACCUAUGCUGAAAGAAAGCUUUGAGGGAAUGAAAAUGAGAGGUACCAAACAAGAACCUAAUGGAAAUAGUAAGGUAAAUAAAGCACAGGAAGAUGAUUUGAAGUGGGUAGAAGAGAAUGUUCCUUCUUCUGUGACAGAUGUAGCACUUCCGGCCCUUCUGGAUUCAGAUGAGGAACGAAUGAUUACACACUUUGAAAGGUCCAAAAUGGAGUAAAGGAUGGGAAGAUCUGAAGUUGAAGAUGGCUAGUAUCAGGGAAGAGAUCAGCUUCUUUGUCAGUCUUCUCCAUUGUUCCAUGGGAUUAAAGGAGGCAGUGACAUCCUGAUCUGUUCCUUGGUCUGUGUGCAUUGGAGCUGGCAAGAGGUGUCAGAACAAGGAGAAUAUCUUAUUGAAAAUACGUUCAUAGGAUGAGAAAAAUCUACAAGCUUAUUUACAACAUUGAUGCCCUUUCCCUCCCAAAUCCUGACGUGGAUGUUUAUGCAACUUAUGUGUUGUUCCUGAACUUUAUAUGUUUCAGUUGUUUAAUAUGUCAAACUAAAAGGUUUAAUGUCUUCUAAAGGACUUUGCCAUCAACACCAUAAUAUGUAAUCUCCAGGAGCAACUGCCUGUAAAUUUUAUUUAUUUAGGGAGUUGCAUAGGUCAUAGAGGAGAUUGUUAAUUGUCUUUCAGUUUUCUGGGAAGUUUAGGUCACAUCUUGCAGAGGUAGUUUUGAAUAAAAAGAGCCCUUCUGAGUAAAGGAGCUAUGGUUCUAUCAAUGAUCAAAA